GUUAAACUUUCUCUCCACGCACGCGUGCAGGAAGAAGCCUGGCCGAAGGGAUAAUGAGCUGGUCUUGGUCAGCGGAGUUAUUAAGGCCUAUGGAGGCUGAUCCGGACGCACUCGACCGUUCAUCGUCGCGGCGGUCACCCCGGCUAUGAGAGCGUGAAUGUCAUGCCUUGCGGAUCUGGUCUUGUCAGCGUGACUUUGCCUGCAGAAGGAUCAGCUCGACUCCUUCCGCGGAAGAGCUACACAGCCUUCGGUGAGACGUUUUUUCCUGGAGACAAGAGGCGAGAGGUGAUAACAGCAGACAGCGAUGAGGCGGACGGAAGGUGAUGCCAUGCGGACCGCGCCACCCUUCCGGGUCCUUGGGGACGGGGGCGAAGUCUUCAGGGUUGCCUCACCGCCUCCGGCACUGGCUCCGGAACCCUACAAGGUCGCGGCAUCCUCGAUGUCGACGAACAGGGCGCGCAGAAGGUCCAGCUUCGUCAUAAUCGCGGAGGCGAGACCUGCGACUCCGACCUCCAGGAGCCCUUCGCCCGGCCUCGCAUCCGGCAGAGCCUCGCCCUUCAGGGGGCGCGGAUUUAAGGGCCCGUUACCCCACGCGCAGUCAAGACCGCAGACCCCGGAGGCCAAGGACACGCGGCGUCCUAGUCGGCCAGAUCGGCGAAUGUCGGCGUCGCAGCAAAAUAGCCCAAAACGCAGCCUGAUCCCGCAGCCUGCGCGACGUCGUUCCGUGUCAUUGACGAAGACGGAGAACGUUCGAGGGUCUCCGAAGUAUGGACGCCGAGCUGGUACGUCGACGACGGCAAAAAACUACUUGGAGGUGACGCCGACGACGGCGGGUCGUCGAGGAUCACUGAGAGUGCCGGGUCUCUCUCCGAUCCAGGGAACGCCGACGAAGCCGCCGGAGAGAAGGAGCCAGCAGAACAUCGGCGGGAAGAAAUCGUCACCGGUGAAAUCGCGGCGGAAUUCGGUGGCGCCACCGGCGAAGAGUGGCGUCAAAGUGACGCCGACGACGCGAUCGAAGCCGCCGAGCAAACCGACGAAGAGUAAACCGCAACCGGAUACUUCACCGUCGAAGAUUCCCUUAAAAAAGAACUCAAUCUUGGUAGCUAAGAGCCCACAAAAGGCGCCUCAAAUGUCCCAAAGCUCGCGGCGAGGCUCGCUGGCCAAACUUGGAGUCCCGAAGCCCGUCGAAAAAGGGGAUAAAACGUCGCGGGAAAAACCGGUGGAGCCAAAACCAGAGGUAGAAAAGCCCGCGAAAAUGAAUGAAAAGAAGGCGACUUCAGCGGCUGAAAACGCUGCCGGAAAUACCGGCGAGAAUGUGGUGGAUUCUGUGAAACAGUCUGAUUCCAAGGACGAAGAGCCGAGCCUUAUUGAACUGCUUAAACAGUCCUCAGGGGCCAGUGGAACCUCCAGCGUCGUAAAUACGACAACCGUCACCGCAGUUCAACCUCUCCAGAUCGACGCAGCGGCGCUGCUAGACGGUGAGGCCGUCAAAGCUUUGGAAAAGGAGCCUGAAGUGAAGCGCCGCAACCCAGACAGUGGAAGAAAAGCUCCAGCCGCUAGGCCCACCGCCAUAAGCGUUCCGCCCUCCACUGUGCUCCCGAAAAUCAAUGGGGCCCAAAAAACACCCACUGGAAUGACGAAGCCUGAUGCUGGGACUGAUUCUCCGCCUCGUGAGGGAAAAAAUGAGACCCCGAAGAACCUGCAUCAGAUUAUCGACAAGCCCAAUGGUCACAGUGUCGAUGGAAAUAAGACGCAUAAUGGAGGCGGUAAAAAUGCCAAUGUAGAACACAGGGAGGUGAUCUUGACACCGGAUAUGAACCGUGGACGACACCCUAUGGGCAGUGCUCAGAACCGCGUCAACGCUGAUGUGAAAGGGACCAAGGAGAAUGUUGACUCUACUGUGGACUCGUCUGCAGGAGAAGAUCUCCACGCCGGGUCUAAGACCGGUAGUGUCAAGGGCUCGGACGGAAGUGUUAUAAGUUCGGCGCGGACAGUUAAGAGUGACGGUAUAAGAGGAGCGAUGGAUGUGUCAGGAAGUGUGGGAAGUAACGGUUCAAGUGUGGUUGUUAAUAAUCAGGGUAGUGCGAUUAGACGAUCGGAGGACAUUCACGGAAUGAUGGGCAGUGCGGUGUCGCUCAAGUCGACCGCGGGUUUGUCGACCGGUUCAACGGACACUGGCGUAAGCGUGAAUACGAUACGCGGGGUGUCUUCCGCGAGGGAAAAACGUGGCAUGCACAUGGUGAAGCAGCCCCAGGGUAUAGAGACUCUGAGCGGAAACGUGGUUCACCUGGAGCAGAACGGAGAACCCAUGCUGCCAGGUGCCAGGACCUCAGAUCCGAAGAGAAAGGACCAGGAUCAAGACCUGCACGGUGCCCCCGACGAACCUGUGAGCCGUUUUAAAAGGAUCUUUGACCGCUGCUGCGGGUGCUGUAAGUGCAAGUGCAACUGUUCCGGUCUUCGAAGAAGCAUGAGGUGUCUCGCCUGCCGAAGAGGCUUCAAGCCUCAGGUGAACCAACCCUCGAUGUUCCAGGGGACCAAUUCCAGUCCACCGACGGGCUGUUUGUCCAAAAUGAAAGCUUCGAGCAGGUGUUGCCGUCUGCCCGAAUGGAAGGGAUGUUCUCGAGGAAGCCGCGUCGCUCCGGCAGAGGAUGCAGGCUGUUGUCCGCCCGAAAGAAGGUGCGGAGCAGUAUUCAGAAGACUCUGCAACCGCUGUUCCUGCAAGCGCCAAGACGCCACCCAACAGACGAGGAGUCUUCAGGCCAAGCAGAGCCUUACCAGUGUCACCGCUCCGGUUCUUCCGGAGGAACCGAAGAGUAAGAUACCGGAAGUGCUGGUCGAGCACAACGCGAUAAUGCGAGGAGCGAUUCCCUGUCUUCCAAUCCCAUUGGCCUGGUUUUGCCUCGUGUGCAAUGUUCUGAUACCAGGAACAGGCACCUUUUGGAGUGGAUUAUUCAAUCUGUGCGUGGGACAGCCGAGGUUCUCCACUGUGGCCAGUCCGAGAGCAAGAUUCGGUGCAUUUUUGGUGAAUACAGUAGUCGGCGUGGGCCAAUUGUUUACUGUGUUAUUCUGCCUCGUUGGAUGGGGAUGGAGCAUCUGGUGGGGAGUCAUGAUGGUGCGAUUGGCCAGAAAGUACAAGCGGUUCCGAGAUUCGGAAGCUGCUAACAACGACGUCGAAGCUCAGGGAGGUACCGACGUGUCGACGCUUCCCCCGGGAGUUCCAAGUCAGGCAUUACGGGGUAUCGAGAGGGCACGUUGAGUCGAUAUUUUGGUAGUAAAAUUUUUUACCGCCUGUAACAAUUACUUCGUACUUUGUAUCAUAAUAAACAUAAAGAAACAUACGUCAAACGGGCACAUACACUGUAUGCAAUAUUGUACUAUGAAAUUUGUUACUAUAUCUAAGACUUGUAACAAUGUAAAUUACAAAAGGAAGGAUUAUCUCAAAAUAAUUAUACGGUGGAAGCUACCCGACCUGACCAUGUACAAAGUAUUUCCAUUUUUUUUUCCUUCGAUUUUUCAUUAUUUUAUACAAUAUGUCAAGUUGUAUACUGACCCUGUAUUUGUACAUAUAUCUGUGCAGUCAGUGAUACUUCACAUGCAUAACCCACACUCUAAAUUAGCAUGUCAUGUUAUACGUACAGAAACACUUUUUUUACACGUUUAUUAUACAUAGUUAUAAUGAUAACAAUAACAAUAAGAAUGAAAGAAUGUCUGUAAUCGAAAAGCAAACAUAUCCCAUUGUUAUACAGAAGUAAUUACAAUUAACGACACAUCGAUUAGACUUUACUUAUGUACGAUAUA